UAGGAGGAUUUUACUUUGAUUGCUCUGGGUUCUUUGGGUAGAUAGAAAUUAAACAUUCUCUUCACUGGCUCAGAAAGACAGCAAAAAGAGCCAAGAAUUCUUCCUUCAACUGGUAGUUUUCCUGGAAACUUCAUUCUACAGGUUCAUUCCUACAGACAAGAUACAGAAGUCUGAAACCUAGCAGCCCUAAACUUUGUGCCUAAGUGCACCUCUCCUGGGACUGCAGUUAACUGAAACAGGAAUUCAGAAAGGGACCAAAGGCCUGAAGAAGAAUGCUCCGAGGCCGGUCCUUAUCUGUGACAUCCCUGAGUGGGCUUCCUCAGUGGGAAGCCGAACACCUUCCUGUGGAGGAUUUAUUGCUCUUUGAAGUUUCCUGGGAAGUCACCAACAAAGUUGGUGGCAUAUAUACUGUCAUUCAGACGAAGGCCAAAACAACAGCAGAUGAAUGGGGAGAAAAUUAUUUUUUGAUUGGCCCAUAUUUUGAGCACAACAUGAAGACUCAGGUGGAGCAGUGUGAACCUAUAAAUGAUACUGUCAGAAGAGCGGUGGAGGCAAUGAAUAAGCACGGCUGCCAGGUGCAUUUUGGGAGAUGGCUGAUAGAAGGGAGUCCUUAUGUGGUGCUCUUUGACAUAGGCUCUUCGGCGUGGAAUCUGGACAGGUGGAAGGGAGACUUCUGGGAAGCAUGCAGUGUUGGCAUCCCUCAUCAUGACCGAGAAGCCAGUGACAUGCUCAUAUUUGGGUCUUUGACUGCCUGGUUCUUAAAAGAGGUGACAGACUAUGCAGAUGGCAAACAUGUCAUUGUUCAAUUCCAUGAAUGGCAGGCGGGAACUGGGCUGAUCCUUUCUCGAGCCCGGAAUCUCCCUAUUGCCACAAUAUUCACAACCCACGCCACACUACUUGGGAGGUAUCUCUGUGCAGCAAACACUGACUUCUACAACCAUCUUGACAAGUUUAACAUAGACAAAGAGGCUGGGGAAAGGCAGAUAUACCACCGUUACUGCAUGGAGCGAGCCUCUGUACACUGUGCUCAUGUGUUCACCACCGUUUCUGAAAUAACAGCCAUCGAGGCAGAGCACAUGCUGAAGAGAAAGCCUGAUGUAGUUACUCCGAAUGGCUUGAAUGUGAAGAAGUUUUCAGCUGUACAUGAAUUUCAAAAUCUACACGCCAUGUACAAGGCCAGGAUCCAAGACUUUGUUCGGGGCCAUUUCUACGGUCACCUGGAUUUUGAUCUUGAAAAGACAUUAUUCCUUUUCAUUGCUGGGAGGUAUGAGUUCUCAAAUAAAGGUGCGGACAUCUUCUUAGAGUCCUUAUCCAGGCUAAACUUCCUUCUGAGGAUGCAUAAAAGCAGUGUCACAGUGGUGGUGUUUUUCAUCAUGCCUGCCAAGACAAAUAAUUUCAAUGUGGAAACUUUGAAAGGACAAGCGGUGCGAAAACAGCUCUGGGACACUGUACAUUCUGUGAAGGAAAAGUUUGGAAAGAAACUGUAUGAUGCCUUGUUAAGAGGAGAAAUACCUGACAUGAAUAAUAUUUUGGACCGAGAUGACCUAACAAUUAUGAAAAGAGCCAUCUUUUCAACUCAGCGACAGUCUUUGCCUCCGGUGACCACCCACAAUAUGAUUGAUGACUCAACAGAUCCAAUCCUCAGCACCAUUAGGAGGAUUGGACUUUUCAACAAUCGUGCAGACAGAGUCAAGGUGAUUUUGCACCCAGAGUUCCUAUCCUCCACCAGCCCCUUAUUACCAAUGGAUUAUGAAGAGUUUGUCCGAGGUUGUCAUCUUGGGGUAUUCCCGUCAUACUAUGAACCCUGGGGUUAUACUCCAGCUGAAUGCACGGUGAUGGGCAUCCCCAGCGUGACAACAAACCUGUCCGGCUUUGGUUGCUUCAUGCAGGCGCACGUGGCUGAUCCUACUGCUUAUGGUAUUUACAUUGUUGACAGGAGAUUCUGCUCUCCAGAUGAUUCUUGCAAUCAGCUGACUCAGUUUCUCUAUGGAUUUUGCAAACAGUCACGCCGCCAAAGAAUUAUCCAGAGGAACCGGACUGAGAGGCUCUCAGACCUACUGGACUGGAGAUACCUAGGCAGAUUUUACCAGCAUGCCAGACACCUGACGUUAAGCAGAGCUUUUCCGGAUAAAUUCCAUAUGGAACCCACAUUACCACCGACGACAGAAGGAUUUAAAUAUCCCAGGCCCUCCUCAGUACCACCUUCUCCAUCGGGCUCUCAGGCCUCCAGCCCUCAGAGCAGUGAUGUGGAAGAUGAAAAUGAGGAUGAGCGAUACGAUGAGGAAGAAGAGGCUGAACGGGAUCGGCUAAACAUUAAGUCACCAUUUUCUCCGAGCCACGCUCCUCGGGGGAAAAAAAAACUGCAUGGUGAAUUCAAGAACUGAUUCCACAUUGCGGAGGAGCUAAUGUAGCAAGAACGUGAUAAGAUGAAGAUUAAAUGAAAGACAAUGCCACACGUCCUCUGCUUUCUUAAAUAUGACAACGGAGUUUAUUCCCCGCCUAAAAAGUGGAGAUUAGGUGAAUGGCAAUUGUAUAAUUUAGCAUGAAAUCCAAGCUAUUAUCUCUAAUUCUUCUCGUAAAUUUCAGCAUGAGAAGGGGUGUUAAUAUGGCAAGAUUGUGGGUAUUUUGUAAAAUGGCUAAUUAAAGCAAUAAAGAUUUUCUUUCAUCAGGGUUUAUUUUUAGAUUAUCAUCAUCAUAAGCUUUCUACAGCUAUGAUUACAGGCAUGAGCCACCAGCGCCCAGCA